AUGUUUUGGAGAAAUAAAUUUUUACUAAAUAAUUUUGGGUUUUGUAAACCUUGGAGGGUGAUUGAAAAAAAAUUUUUCCAUCAUGAAAGACUCGUUUUUGGAAAUGAGAAUGUGACUCCGGCAACUAUUGGAAUAAUUGAUGGCGAAAUCCAUGUGGGGAUGAACGAGGAGCAAAUCCAUAAACUAUCAAACCCGGAUACUAAAACGUUUAAAUGCUCAGCGAGAGAAAUUUGCUCGAUAGCAGCUGGUGGUUUAAACGGCGGAACGACCGUAGGAGCAACUGUUACGAUAGCAAAUCUUGCCGGAAUAGCCGUAAUGGCAACCGGUGGCAUUGGAGGUGUUCAUAGAAAUGCUGAAAAUACAUUUGAUAUUAGCUCCGACUUGAUUGUUAUGAGCCACACUCCGGUUUCUGUUGAAACGCAUGGAGUACCUGUGAUAUCAAUAGGCACGAAAAUGUUUCCGGCAUUUUACAGCAGAACUACCGUGGAUAAAAUUCCAGCACCGAUGACCGUUCCAGGAGCCAGAGAAGCUGCGAGGUGCAUCAACGUCCAGCGGAUGAUGAAACUAAGCUCCGGUUUGAUAUUCGCCGUCCCGAUCCCCGAAGCCGCAGCUUUAGAGCCUUCUGAAAUAGAAGGAUUAAUCCAAACGGCUCUCAAAGAGGCUGAGUCGAACAAGAUAACCGGGAAAGAAGUAACUCCGUAUCUACUGAAGCGAGUUAAAGAGCUUACCUCCGGAAAAUCAUUAUCUGCAAAUAAAGCGCUUAUUGAAAACAACGCCAGAGUUGCCGGAGAAAUAGCUACCGAGCUGUAUAAUUUAUCAUCUCAGCUCAAUCCCGCCCCUGGCCCCAAAUCCGCUCUAUCAACAGCCAUCAAUCAAAAGGAUCAAGUUGUCGUGAUCGGGGGAGCUGUGGUGGAUAAUAUUUUACAAGUGGAAGAACCAAUUAUCAAAUUUGACGGCCGGACAAAUAAAGGAGUUAGUAGGAAAAGUUUUGGAGGAGUGGCCAGAAACAUUGCCGCUAGUCUUCUGGCUUUGGGAGUUGGAGAGACUAAAUUUAUUACUGUCGUCGGUGAUGAUCAACCAGGCCUGGAAAUUUUUCGGAGCUUUGGCAAAAAUGGACGGAUUAAGAUUCUGUCAGAUAUAAAUGGCGAGUGUCACUUUGGAUUCGGUGAAAUGGACUUGCUAAACUCAAUGGAGCCGAAUUUAGUCCGAGAUAAUCGAUCGGGAUUUGAGAAAGCUAAACUUAUAGUUCUGGACGGCAACCCAUCAUUGGAAACGAUCAACGAGGUCAUCGACAUUGCAGUUAAUUGCUCGGUACCAGGUAAA